AUGUACGAGCCGUUGAGCGCCGUGCUUGCGAGUGUCGACCUUCUUCAAGCGAUACUCGCAAACGUAGAGCAGCACGAGCUGCGGGCCACGGCACCCCUGGUGUGCAGGGGCUUUGCGGCGGCGCUGGCGUCACCCGGCGCCUGCUGGCGCCAGCUGAGUGUGGACGGCCUCCUCCAAGACCCGCCGCUGGAGGAUGCUGCAGACGCCCACCUCUUCUGGGCGCGGCUGGCCGCCUGGGUCGCGCCGCGUGCGGCCGGCAUGCGCACCCUGCGCCUCACCAACCUUCGGUACCUGCUGCUGCCGCUGGGGCAGGCGGGGCGGCAUGCCGCCCUGGCUGCCGUCUGGUCGGCCCUGUCGCCGCCCGUGGGGCUGCACACGCUCGAGCUGGGGCGCAGCUCCAUCACCCUGGCGCCAGGCACGGUGGCCAGCCUGGGCUGCCUCACGGCGUUGCGCCGCCUGUGCCUGCACACGUCAGGCCCUGUAGAUACUGCCGAGCUGGACGCUCUGGCAGACAGCCUGCCGCAGCUGGAAGCGCUGUCGAUCUGCCUGCUGCGCCGCCGCGGCCAGCACAGCGUCUUCAGGGGCCCCUUCCCCGGCCGCCUGACGCGGCUGCGCCGCCUGCGGACGCUGCACCUGGAGGCGCCGUAUGGACCCAUCCACGGCGCCACCUGCGUGCUGCCCGACAGCAUCGCAGAGUGGGGGCGCCAGAUGGAGGAGCUGCACCUCAUCAACCUCGGCCUGGAGCGCAUCCCGCCUUCAAUUGGAAAGCUGGGGUCGCUGCGUGAGCUGCUGCUGGGGCGCAACCGGCUGGGCGCGCAGCUUGACGCGCUGCCGCAAGAGCUGACCCAGCUGACGGCGCUGACGCUGUUGGAGCUCCAGUACAAUGGAUUUGAGGCGGGGGCACCGGCGGUGGUUGGGGAGCUGACAUCCCUGCAGGGGCUCAACCUGGGCGGCAAUCUGUGGGGCUCGGCUGCUGCCGACCUGCCUCGGGAGUUUAGCCAGCUCACGCAGCUCAGGCACCUGACCCUUACCAACACCGAGCUCACCGUGCUGCCGCCAGUUGUGUGCGGCCUGAGCCGCCUGGAGCUCCUCAGGCUGAACAUCAACCAGCUGCAGACGCUGCCUGGCGGGCCGUACCUGCGAAGCCUCAAGACUCUGGACCUCUCUCACAACCGCUUCGCCGCCGGAUACCCUGCCGCGCUGGCGGGCGCCACCCACCUGCAGCUGAUUGCUUUCCAAUUCAGAGGCACCCACUACAGCGACCCGGUCGUGGCGCUGCGCGAGGCCAUGGCGCCUCAGGCUGCGGCAGCGCCGGCGCCGGCACAUGCGGGGCCGCUGGCUGUAGCAGCGGCUGUCGUGCUGCCGCCGGAGCUGCUGCCAGGCGAAGCAAUGGCCAUGGAAGACUGA